AUGACGGGCGUCCUCCACGAAUCCAUGGAAAUCCUUCCAGCCGAGCAGGCGACAAGGACAAUCGAAAGGGAAACACGAGUCUCUUUCUUGAAGAAAGAAUUCUUCCACUCUAACCCUGUGGAGUAUAGUGGCGAGCCUGAUCCUAUGAAGGUGGAUAAAUGGGAGCUUAGGGUGGCCAUGGCGACGUAUCAAUUGAAAGGAGAGGUCGGUCAAUGGUGGAAGACAGUAAAGCACAGAGUGGAGCAUACUUGGAAGGCGUUCGUUCAUGCCUUUCUAGAGAUGUUUUUGCCUCUUACAGCCAGGGAAAGGUUGAGGAAACAAUUCGAAGAGUUACGGCAACUAGACACACUAGUGGCGGAAUUUGAAGCUAUGUUCACUAGUUUGGCACGUUUUGCGUCUAAACUCGUAGCUACUAAAAAACGUCGGUGUUUCAAAUUAGAGAAGAGGUUAAGGCCUAAAAUACUAAUAAAGGUGAUGGGUCAUGUUUAUCGGGAGUAUGAUAAGCCGGUGGAAGCUGCGGUGCAUGUGGAGAUUAUGAUGGAGGCUAAGGAAGCAAGGCAAAGGCAUAAGAGGCUGAACUCUGUCGAAUCAAAAGGCAAUUUUGGAUCUUCCAAGAAAUCGAAGAGUUCCUUUUUUUCAUCUUCUCAGUCCAUGCCCCAACUAACCAAGUCAUCAGGAUCCAUUUCCAUGAGAAGUUUAGGAAAUGCGGGCCCCAACCGUGUCACUUGUUUUCUAUGUGGCCAGCAGGGCCACAAGGCCUCAAAUUGUAAUCGGAAUCUUAGCCGUCAACAACAAGCUCAUUCUCAAAGUCCAGCCCCAAGGAAGGGGCCAAUCGCCUGCAUACUACUAUUGUAG